AGUGCUGUGGUGAAGGGCACAGUUCGCUUUGGAUUUACACCCAGCCGCGUCUUUCAGAGCACAAGCUUUGUUUGGAUCUGAUCUAAUAUCAAGAUGAUAUUUCCACAUCGAUGUUUUGCUGUUUGAACAUUUUUUUUAACUGUAGGACGGAAUUGUGCCACAUUGGAGUUGUCAGAUGCGCUAUAAGGGACGAUACAUUUACCCAUACCUGAGCCUCAAUCCUAAAUGCCCUUGCAUGGCAUUAGCGAAAUAUAAACAGCUGGCGUGUGUGUGUAUGUGUGUGUGUUUAUGAACUGUUUAAUCAACCUGCAGUUGGAGAGCAAAUGACCAUAACAUCCACCUCGCAGCGCGUACAAAUCACUGUGAUGUGGAUCUGUUUCACUUUGCCAAGCUGUGUAUGGCUAAAGCCGGAGAUUUCCUACCGACUGGACACAGUUUGAGGAGAUAAAAGUUUUUUUUUUGUUUUGUUUGUGUCUUGAACGACUUUUUCCAUUCCGGUGUCGAUGAUGACUGAGAACAAUGAGAUGGAGAGCAACUCUCAGCUCCAGCGCUGUCCAAGCACCAUGUCCAUCCAACCGAUGUCAUCCAAGCUCCAGAAACUAAAACGCUCGCUGUCCUUCAAGACCCUCAUGCGCAGCAAAAGUGUGGAGAACUUCUUCCAAAGGUCCUACAGCGACGCUCGCCUGCCUGAAGAUUUCAUCACUGACCUGCCGCCUCCUUCUCCUCCACUGCUGCCUGGCUCUCCUCUCGUUGGCGACCGCUCACCAUCCAUUUCACCAUCUCUCAGCCCCAACCCCUCCAUCUCCUCCCACUCCCCCUCUCUUAGCCUUUCCCCAUCUUUGCCCAUCAAGCCGCCCCGACCACAGAUUACCCACUCUUUCCAGGACCAUGUCUUUCGCAAGCCCACCAACUGCCAGCACUGCAAGCACAUGAUAGUGGGAAACUCCAAACAGGCCCUGCGGUGUAAAACAUGUAAGAUGGCUGCUCACCUGUGGUGCACCUCAGAACUAUCGCAGCAGCUGUGUCAUGGGAAGUCUGGAGCGUUCAAGCGAAACUUCAGCUCGCCGAUGCUCGUCAAUGACCAAUUGUCUGUCGUCAAGGAAGUUAAACCAAGCCAAGAGGCUGCGCGGAUGCGUGUAGACCCCGUGUAUGCCGCCUUGCGCUACGGGACGUCCUUGGCACAGAUGAGCCGCUCCAGUUUUGGCAGUUUGUCAGAGUCACCAACACGCAGCCUGGGGGAGGGAGGUGAGGAGAUGCAGCAGAGACAGUGCAGCAUGGAGGAAGACAUAACUCAGGAGACAGGGGACACCCCUGUCCCCGACAUUGAGAUCGAGGAGGAAGGCGAGAGCGGCAGCCAGGCUCAGACUUCAGCAGAAGAUGAGACUCCAGCAGAAGAUGAGACUCCUGCAGAGGAGAGCAGUGUGAUGGUGCCCAAGCGCAUUGAAGUUCACUCCAUCCACACCUAUGUAGCGCUCUACAAGUUUCUGCCUCAGGAACAGAAUGACCUGGAACUUCAUCCCGGUGAUCGUGUGCAGGUCACUGACGACUCUAACGAAGAGUGGUGGAAGGGCAAGAGUGGCGACAAAGUUGGCUUCUUCCCUUCCAACUUUGUGCAGAGGGUCCGGCCAGGAGAGAGAGUGUGGCGGGUUGUCCAGGGCCUUCCUGGCAACCGAGAGAGAGGACACAUGGCCGUGAAGGAAUCCCAGAUCUGUGUGGGGAAGCGAGAAGACGGCGAGGUGUUUCUGAGGCUGAGCAGCGGGAAGAAGAGAGGGCUGGUCCCUGCUGACUCCAUAGAGGAGAUCUGAGCCUCUGUGCUCAAAUCACCAUCCUUCCACUUCUACUUCCCUCUGGGAGGCACCCAUCUUCAUAUCCCCUCCUCCACCCUGCGCUCGGCAAAACGACAGCCGCAGCCUUUCCAACAAGUCCUGACUAACUUUAACCAAACACACUUCUGCAAAGAGCUGGAACCACAGCCCCCUUGGACAUGUGGUUUCCAGUUGAUUUGAUUUACUUUCUUUAAUAGAGUGUAGAGUCAUGCAGUAGUCCUGCUCUUAGAAAGGAACUGUUUUUCAGCAGUCUAGUUUUAUCUUUCCAAUACAAACAUCAAUUUUUAGUUAGAAAAAGGGUGCACAAGUCAGAAAUGCUUUAAAUAUGCUUGCCAGAUGCCAGUUCACAUCUUUUUUUCAUCCAUCUAAAAGAUGUCUACCAACGUGGGAGGAGGCUGAGUCCUGUCAUGGGAACAUGACGCCUCUGUCAGUGUCCUUUUCUUUUUUCUGCCCACUCCACAUGUCUCAUCCCUAUCUGCUCAUGUCAGGGUCUCUGGCCUGAGGACUGAUAUCAGCUAAUGGUAGCUACACAACAUGAGGCACGUGCCAAGGACAACGACUGCCAGCCAGAGAACACUGCUGCCUUUCAGACAGAGAGGAGAAUCAGAUGAAAGGAGUAGACACGAUCCAAAAAACCUCAGCAGUGUCAGGCUGAGUUUUGACUGCAUUCGUCAACUUGAGAGUGCAGAAAUCAGAAGAUUUUCAAAGGAAAUGUGAAGCCUCUGAGGAUCUCUACACAGGAAACUUAAACAACCAUUUCCCCUGACUUUUUGAGUAAAAAUAACAAUGAAAAUAUGGUACAAAAAUGCGUCAGCAUAUUUUUAUUUCUGGUAAGAGAGCAUAAAUCAGCCGGUGGACCCCAUGCUCCACAGAAAGGUCAACUCAACAAAUUUUGCAAAACAAACUUUUCCUUUUUUCUUGUUUUUAUCUAUCUACAAGACAGGAACUUAAACCUGAAGGAACUACUGGAAAAGUGUUCCUUGCCUUUUCUUUUUAGUUAAUGGCAUAUCCACACAGGAAUACAUUUUGGUGCAAAGUAUCUUGUUGAUAACUCAGCGGUGAUUUUCUAGGGUCUAAAUCUGUUGUCUUACUGAUUUAAGCAAGAUGAUGCAGGGCAAAUCAAAAGGAAGGGAGGUAAAACUUGCGAGUCUCUCUAGAAAAAACAGGGAGGGUGGUCCUCCCUCGUAUGGCUGGUUGUUGUGAGCACUGAGCAAGACCUUCCAAGUGUAGCAGUGGCAGUUUCUGUUCUCCUGUUUUCACAUAAAGGUGCUUGACGGGCAUUAAAGGGUUGUUUUUCUUUCUGCAGAGACCCGCCGAAGAGCUGCAGUGGGUGUUGCAAAUGUUGCACAGCAUUAUUACAUGACUUCACUAGAGCUGGAACAGUGGGAAACAAACGGCGGCCAGUCUGCCAGAAAAACAACACAAUGGGGAUCUUUCUGACCAUGACAAGGAGUCUAAGUUUCACUGACAGCUUGGAGGAGGAUGCAGGGAAACAGAGGGAGGAGGAGGUGUAGUGAGAGGAAUGACAUCAGUGUUGAACCAUUAUGAGUCAGUCUGUGCAUGCAGGUAGUGUUGUGCACAUGGGUGCACCAGUCAUCAUUGAUCAAAUGUCAGCCUGUCAUCUCCAUCUUCUGCUCCCCGUUUGGCCUCUCUCGUCCUCUCUUUCUUUACUGCUCAGUUAUGACAUAAAGUGAAGGCAUUUUUUUUCUUGUACUGUACAUAUUGAUGGUUUAGACACCUUGUUCCAGAGAGAGGACACUCCACUUGCGUCACGAACAUAAAGAAUGCAACAGUGGAAUGAUGGCACUGCAAAUGAUGAAAUAAUUUAACUAAAUAAUGUAACUCGUAUGUCUUUCAGACCACAAAGAUUAAGCUAAUGUGAUCCUUCUUUAGUCUACAUUUUAAUAUAUGUGAAGGCAUUUAGAGACUGUGAGACAUAAGCUUCUCUUCUUGUAAUGAUGAGAAUAGCACUUUAUUUUGUGUCAUCUUAAUAAGUUGUCCUAUUUGUUGAGGUAUCUCCUUCAUAGUGAUAGCUUUCAUAUUUAACAAUACUUUACCUGCAACUUCACUUCCCUAUGGAGCUCUUUGGUCAAAGGGCUGAUAGCUUGUCUAUGUGCAUCAGAUUUAUAAUAUAUAAUAUCAGAGGUGGAAAAAAACUGAGAAUUACACAGCAGCAUAAACAAUAUGACCAUCCUGGACAAAAAUGGCAUCAGAGCAGAACUGGAUUUAUGAUUUUUACCCAUGUAAACACUUUGUUAUCUUACAUUGUGUCUAGUUUUCUGUAGCAUCACAUGUUCACACCUUUUAGAAUUCAAAAUGUUAAGUAUGUGUUUGGAUGUAUUCUGAGUCCAGAGUCAUUGGUUGGCCACAUACCUUAAUAAAAGAUAUUUACAAAACA